AUGCUGGACGAGCUCGACAACGUUUUUGAUGACCAUCCAUCCUUGGAUGCGUCGCUGGAAGACUUUGAAAAUCAUAGCAAUGCGCACCGCUCCCCGCUCUUUGGUCUCCCAUCACAGCACUCGGGGUUUCGCUCAGAAGAGUCCGAAGGCGAGUUGGACGAUCAGACGCCGGGGGAGAGAUGGUCACCACCAGGUUUGCAUCCGCGGGAAUUCAAUCACGGCAGCAGUUGGUAUCAACAUCAGCCCUAUGCGCACAAUACACACAAUCCCACAGGUCGGUUGGCCCUCAAGCCCACCGUCGGGGUAAGCCUGUCGCCGUCACUGUCGCGUGAGGCCAGUCCGCAGUAUGAAGACGCCGUGGAAGUCUCAUCAAGGCAAAAGUCUCACGAUGAUGGCGAAGUCACGAUCGCAGCCAAUAUCCCCUUGCCCAAUAGUGCAGAAACCCCCCAAGCGGGCCGAUCUCCUAGUCCUGUCCCGGUCCCGGUGCCGGCGCCCACGACGGGCCUCAGCCCGGAGCGUCCCCAUCCCGAGGAGGAUGGGCCCGGACGUGGAGCAGAGAAUUUGAGUAACUACAUCCGUUUCGCAGUUCGCGCAGAGGUUCAACAUCGCGAACCCAUUGCUGCCGUCUUUGGCUACUUGCGCCGCAAAAUUGAUAAGAUGACAAGCUCCAAGUCCAACACCACCCUGUCCAUCCUGGUGCUGUUCCUCGCAGUCGCAUUCAUGCGCGCGUUACUGCUGCCCGGGCUCCCUCAGGCAAUUCCCGACCUGGUGAAGCUGUCCGGGUUCGCGCGCUCCUUUGAGCCUCUGAUCUAUUACUCCGAAAACGGGGUCCAGCAAAUAGGUACCUUGCAGGAGACCGGAGUGGCUGUGUGGGAUCUGAGCGAGUCCGUCCGAGGCACAAAUAUGACCAGUGCCCCCAUCAUUGUCCGACAACUGGACGAACUGUCGGACUCGUUGAAGUCGCUCUCUCUCGAACUCACGCGAUUCUUUGCCAACGUGGACUCAGAUGUCGACUCCAUCCUGAUCGUGAUGGACUGGGCCAAGCGCGAGCUCGAAACUCUCUCGGCGCAGCCUCCCAGCUCGUUCCCGACCAUCAUGUUCGACAAUGUGCACAAUAUGCUGUCGCGAUUAGGUGCUCUUGAGCAAGCGGUGGAGAUAUCCGACGGCAGCAGCUCGACGUCCUCGACCAAGACAACGGCCCUGGGCCACGUGGUGAUGGCCUUGUUUGGUCCAACGUCGGCCCAGCGCACCCGCGCCACCCUGACACGCACGUUUACCGAAUUCCUCUCUGUGCUGGAAGAGUCGAUCAACAGUGAACUGACUCACUCCACCGCCUUGUUUGCUCUUUUCGAGUCCAUUGAUCGGCAAUUCCUCAAUCUUCAACGGACCGUGGUUCGCGAGUCCGACGCCCAAGAGCGUGCCGAGGGCGAGAUGCUCAGCUCUCUGUGGACGCGGGUGCUGGGCCCCAAUGCCGCUGCCGUCCGCAAGUACGACAAGAAUAAGAAACUCCUCGCCAACGUGCGCAGCCGCACUGUCGCCAAUAAACACCUGCUUGUGGACCACCGCGGCCGUCUCCUCACACUCAAAGUCAACUUGGAGACGCUGCGUCGCAAGCUGGUUAGUCCGUUGGUCCGUCGCAAUGACUCGGUCAGUUUCUCUGGGCUUGAAGGAGCAUCGGUUUCCACCAACUCUGCGGUCUCGGGUCAUUUCUUGGGUCCCGUGGAAGCGGUCAUCGAUGGCCAGAUCAAGGGGUUAGAGGGCACAUAUGACUACCUUCGAUCAGUCCGAGAACGUCAAAAGGCCAAAUUGAUGGAGAUGGUCUACGGUGCAGGGCGAAAGCCGCCUCCAUCAAUGGGACUGGAGGAUGGUGUAGAAGGGUGA